UUAAACACACACGCACUUUCACUUUUUUAACCCCCUACGUACCGCCCAGAUCGUUGCUAGUUAGCUUCGAGCUAGCAUUAACGUCAAAAUAUUUGGCUUCAACGUUGCAUUUUGUUUCAACGUUGCACAUUGAGUGUGAUACGUGACAGUUACCGGGCUCGUUCGCAGCUAAACUAACAUCAGAUUUCGUGUUUUGUUUUGAGUGUGUCUCGGUUGUUGAACGCUGUUGCCCUGAGAACACCCAGACUGCUGCUGGAAACCCACUCAACUCGUCUCAAAGUCGGUGUUAGGAUGAGGUCGCACAGACUAUUCUCCCCCGAUGCUCCGGACACCGGCUUCGGAAGGUCCGACGGUGCUUCUCCCGGCUGCUCCCAAGCGUGUCAGUCAUCAGGCUAUACUAUAGCACCUAGUGUUUGCUAGGCUGCUGGAGGCAUGCUCCAGGAGACAACCAACCAACAUAAUGUGCAGAUGGCGGGGCCGGGCAGGACGGUGAGGGUGAGCGGUCUGCCCGCAGACAUCCAGAGUAACAGGCUGCAAGACAAGUUAUUUAUUCACUUUCUAAGAGCCAGAAAUGGAGGAGGGGAAGUAAACUCUGUCGUCAUUGUCAAGUCAGAACCUCCCUCUGCCCUCGUCACCUUUGAGGACAGCACAGUGGCACAGAGAGUUAUUCAGCGCAGCUGGCACAUUCUGGAAGUGGAUGGGAAGAAGUAUAAACUGACUGCAACAAGGCAUCAGGAAAGCCUGGAUCCAGAUCAGGUCGUCUUAAGUUUAUCAGCAACUGUUGACUACAGUCAGCUUCCAGGUGGAGUUGAGAUUUUGACAAACCUUUGGAACAACCACAAAGAGAUCCAGAUAAGCUAUGCUGCUGCUGAAACACACUGUACAUUGCUUGGCUCCUACUCCAAAGUGCACGCUGCUUUGGCCCAGCUACUUGAUUAUUCUGGAGGUCCAGAGCAAGUAGAAAACAAAGACUCUGGUCAGCCAUUCCCCAGCUGUUCCACUUCUGUUCAGACAUCCCAGAAGCCUCAGGUAUGGGAAGACCAGAGCAGAAAACCUAAGCAGAAGGACAAAAGAAAAAAUGGUAACAGUGACAGAGCACUGGACAAGGAGAACUCAAGUUCAAAUAGAAACGUGGGACCCAAUACAGAGGGUGCCAUGCUGCCCUCUCCUACUGCAUUCAUGGAGGAUUUCACUCUAGUUGUUGACGCAGACAUGUUCCAGUACCUGCAGGAACACUGCAAGAAAGAAUACCAACAGAUCCUCAGUCAGAAUGGUGUCGAGGUGGUAAACGCGACAAAUCAAGGUGUGACUACUCUGUUUCUAAAAGCUGCAGAUACAGCUGCAACGGAGAGUGGGCGGGUACACCUGGAGCAAGCUAAAAAGGCAAUUAGUCGGCUCUACGAGGAGAACGAGGCAAAGACCUGUAAAGACCAGCUCCCUAAGAGCAUCCUGUGCCCCAGAGGUGGACUGCAAAAGGCCCUGGAGAACUUAAGUGUCAGAUUUCCAAAGCUCCUUCUAAAUGAAGAUGAACAAAAUAUUUACUUUAUUGGUUGUGAUAAGGAUGUGUCUGAAGCCAAGAGCAUUCUUCUUCUGGACCACGACAAUGUGAGAGACAAAAAGGAGGAUGCUACCAGUCCUUGGUUUAAUUCAAGUCAAUCUCCAAGUCAUGCAGAGGAAGCUAGGGUGCCCUCGACUUUUCCUUCCCCUCUAGCAUAUUCAGAUGAAAAGACAAGUCAGAUGCUGAGAUCAGAGGAAGAAGAUUUAAGAGCUGAAGGAUCCAGAAGGUAUAAACUAGCUGCCCGGUUUAAAGAUUCAGGUCUCGGUGGAUUAGGCAGUCGACCGGCUGACUUUACCAUCCGCUCAAACUCAUCGCCCAGUAGACCAACGCAUCAGCGGCCAGUGCUGGGGUAUGAUGUCUUUUCAGAACCAGCUGGGAUUUCUGGUGGAGCACUAUCCAGAGCCCAAAACACAGGAGGGGACAUCCUGUUUAAAACUGGGUCACCUUCCUAUGUUGCCAUGCAGAGUAGUACCUCUUUGAUUGACAGUCCUUCAAAGAAUUCACCAUCCUCAUUUGGCAAUUCCGAUUUUUCAGAAAGCACUGUACUUCCUCCUUUUGGGUCCGGAUCCACCUUGAGGCGAGCCAGUAGUUUCUCAGGAACACCGAAGCGUAAAGCUCAGGUUGUGGGCCAGAUGAGUCAAGAUGAUUCCAGUAAACCCACGGUCGCAACUAGGGAGAGGUCCAGUAGCUUCGGUGGUCAAACUGUGGGGGGCAAACAGGAAAUCCAUGUUCCAGAGGUUUCAGUUUCCCAGGUUAUGUGGCAGUACAUUAAGGAAGCCUACAGCACCCGACUGGAGGACCUGGCUGCUGAUGUCCACUUGGAAGAGACCAUCUCACAGGGAGGCCGAGAUCUGAAGAUCAAUGUGACAGGGCCCGACUCAUCUAAAGUGAGAUUGUGUCAGGAACGUUUAUGUAAACUCGUCCAAAUGGUUAGUGCUGACUUCUCCGUGCACGAGAUUCGCUUGUCAGAGCUGAGGGUUUCUAGUCCUCAAGAUGAAACCUUACAGGCUUGUUGCACUGAGGUACGAAGUCGCUUCAAGAAGGUUUCCAUCUACAUAGGCGCCAAAAGCUUGUACCUUACAGGUCCACACCAGUUGUGCUCUCAGGUUGCCACUACACUGAAGGAGGUGUUUUCUGGAGAAUCGGAACCACACCACUUCUCGAGUCCCUCUGUGCCCUUAUGGAGUUCAGCUUCUUCUUCACAGAUACAUCAGAGUUUUAGUCCACAGCUGAACAACGCUUCUCAGGUGGGUCUAGAGACCCAAACGGACUGUCAGCAAUGGACAUCUACCUACAAGAGUGACUUUGGUGAGAAAGGGAUUGUUAAUGGAGUUUACAGCAAAACACCAGCGAGACAAGAGCAGAUGACUCAAGAGAAAUUAAAGGUCACAAGGAUGGAUGAUAGACAGAGAGCUGAGCAAUCUGUGAGUCUAACAAGAAAUCAUUCGGUUCCAGUGAACGGUGUCUCAUCAGUUGCAGCCAGCAAAGACAGGACCAUCCAUGCUACCCAUACUGACAGUACUAGGCAAAGAGACGCCGAGGUCCUAAACACUUCAGAAGAGUCCGGAUCAGGUCAGCUUCAACACUGUGUUUGUGGGGAGAAAGGGCCAUCAGUGAUGAGGACCAAGUGUGGGGUUACCCUGUGUCAAAGGUGCCUGGAAACCAUUCAUUACAAAUGCAGAGUUUGUCCCGAGCCAGAGCAAAGGCCUCGAGGCAUCAAGGGAGAAAUGAAGACAUCUAGACUAAACAUCAGUUUACCGGGUCACAAUAAGGACAUGACUAUCAAGAUCACUUACUGCAUUCCUGAUGGUAUCCAGGGGGAUGAUGAUCCAUCUCCUAGAAAACCGUUUAGAGGAGGAGUUUUUGAAGCUUACCUCCCUUUCAGCGAAAAAGGGAAGAGACUGGUUCCCAGGUUGAAAGAAGCCUUCAGGCAGGGUUUCACCUUCACAGUGAGAGGAAAGGGGGCAGAGGCCAAGGUUGACUGGGACCGCAUCCCACACAAGACCAGCUUACAGGGAGGAAAAGCUCAGAAAGGUUACCCAGACUCCACCUACUUGAUGCACUUGUCUACCAUCUUGACCUCCUACGGGAUUGAGUAGCCAUCAGCAGAAAGGGAGUUCUUGUGUGAUUUUUCACAUGUUUUAUUGUUCUGUUUAAUUACAUCAACUUUGUCACUUAAAUACCAUAUAUUUGGUGAUAAAUGGUUCUAGAUUUUUUUAAAUUCUUACAGGAAUUCUAAUCUCUGAUUAUUUAAUGUCAGAUCCUGUUUAUCUUCUGAGCAACUUUUUAAGAAAGCCAGUUUAAUUUCUAAAUGAUUUUUAAUGGACCAACAUUUUUGCAUCAUUUCAUAGUGUUCCCAGCAUUUUCCUUGUGUUUGAGUAAACAAGUGCAUUUACAUUUGUAAAGGAUGGGUCGUAAAAAUCUUAUUUAUGAACCAUAAAAUGUGAGAUUCCAUAGAAAUAUGAAAUAUCAAUCUGAUGGAUCUUUGAAUAUUUUAACCAGAAGAUCAGAACUUUUUAUUGCAGGGAUUAAGCGACACUUCGUAUUAACUCCAAGGAAAGAGAGAGAGUCUGGUUUAUAAUAGUUAAGAAAUUUAUUUCUACACAAUUUAAACAAGACUAACUUUAACACUCUGUGUACUGAUGGAGUAAGGUGGAGGGAGACGUGAUGAAUGAUGAUGGUGUGUGUGUGUGGAAUGUUAUUCAGAACCAGCGGAUCUGGAGAAGCAUUUAGUUCUGAGUGGGAGUGAAUGUUGCGCUCUAAACUUUAGUAGGAGAUUUAUAACACACAUGAAACGCCAUCUGUCGGUCUACGUACCCCAGGGGAAGCCUCCGUUAGAUCCAGAAUGUCGAUGUCCUCUCGGACCCUCCUUGGAACCGAAGCCGGUAGAAAAGCAGCGGUGCCGACCAAACUAGUCUUGGAAUGCUUCCAGGUCACGACAAGUUAUCACUGACGUCUCCGAGUCCUGAAGGGGUCGUGAGGUUCAGCUUUUAUUCUGAAGGAACUGUUGCGGUCAGGUGUAACUUGCAACAGAUUUUAUCCAGCUUGUCUGAGGUUCUUUAAGGCUGAAGAGGAAGUCCGGAUGGCCGGUCCCAGACUUCUCUAGAACGCUUGAACUAAAGAAAAGGUGGCGUGGGAUAGUUUUUAUAAUUGUCAUAUUUUGGUUUACUGGCGAAUCAGAAUUUGACAUGCCAAAGAGGGUUUAUACAAACACCACAGAUAACCACGCCCAGCCAGAAACGAAGGUUCUGAUUGGAUCAGACAAAAGGAAAUGUGUCGUGUGACUUUAGCAUUACGUGUCACCAGUGUCUAGUGCAGAUGUCCAGGAUUAUAACAACUUGUAAAAUACUACUGAUCACAGGAUUAUAACAUCAAGUAAUAACAUUGUCAUUUCACAGAUUGAUUGAACAUUGGGCUCACAUUAUUACUGGUAAUAACAGAGUUGUUAAUUAUAUAUUUUAUCACAAGAGAGUUCUUCGUCUUCGUCUUCGCUGACAGAGGUGAAUCAGUUCAGAUGAGCAGAGUGCAUGAAAGACCUUGGCCACUAUCUCAUGUCGGGCGACGGUGGCACAGGAGUUAAGUGCUCGCCCCGUAAUCGGAAGGUUGCAAGUUCGAGCCCCGCUCAGUCUGUCACUGUCGUUGUGUCCUUGGGCAAGACACUUAACCCACGUUGCCUGCUGGUGGUGGUCGGAGGGACCGGUGGCGCCAGUGCUCGGCAGCCUCACCUCUGUCAGUGCGCCCCAGGGCAGCUGUGGCUACAUCGUAGCUCAUCCCCACCAGCGUGUGAAUGUGUGUGUGAAUGGGUGAAUGA